CAACACACCAGCGCCGGCACUCCACCAAGAGUAGUGAAAGCUUUUCACUCAAUUUCUUAUUUCUUCCUUGCAUAACGAAUGUUUAUAUCUUGUGUAAGAAACUCCAAGAGUGCUUGGGAAAGGUUAACAUGGACAACAACUAGAGAUGGCCGGCAAUUCCUUGGCAUUCGUUCUUUGCGAUUCGGACUGACACAGUUGCUUUGUUUACCCGGAUUAUCAGCCGAUCAACGUUGUUUUCAUCAAUAACUGUGAAUUCUUCUCUUCACGAUAUCCGUUCGACGUAUACGAAACGAGGAAAAAAUAACGUGAAAACUUCUGAGCAGGUUUUUUCUGCCUGGAGUGGAGUUCGUGAUUUUUGUGCCUUUUGAUCCUUUUUCCUGGAUUAUGGAUGUAUCCUGAAAAUAUUCCUUGGUGAAGUGACCAGGACUCAUCUAUAUGCAUAAAGUGAAGAAAGUGUACUUGAGUGAUAAUGUGCUUAUCAUAUACAUGCCUGUUCAUACUAGUGAUGCUGAACCUUUCAAGUAAUAUCUGUGAGGCAGGACUUUUAGAUCCUUUCAGUUGGGCUAGAGCAGAUAAUAUUGAGAUUGCUACGCUUCCCUUCAUUCCAUGGUUGCCUUUUGAAAAUGAGACCCGAUGUUAUGAUGAAAUUGGGUGCCUUAACAUCACUAGAAGUUGGUAUCAUCUCAUAAAUCGUCCCUUGAAUGUGUUUCCUCUUCCUAGAAUAGUCAUCAACACGAGAUUUAUUCUCUAUACUCGACUGAAUCCCAAAGAGGGUACACAAAUAAGAGCUGAUGAGGAUUCAUUGGCUAAAAUAAUUUUCGAUCCCAAAAAGAAAACGAAAGUUAUAAUCCAUGGGUUCAUCGAUACUAUUCUUGCAAAUUGGGUCAAGGACAUGAAAGAUGAACUGUUAAAGCACACUGAUGUAAAUGUGAUACUUGUUGAUUGGGCUGGUGGAAGUCUACCUUUGUACACACAAGCCACAGCAAAUACAAGAUUAGUAGCUUUAGAAUUAGCUCACUUACUAAAUUAUUUAAUUAACAACUUGGAUUUGAAAGCAGAAGAUGUUCACCUGAUAGGACAUUCUCUUGGUGCUCAUCUGGCCGGAUAUACAGGAUCUAUGAUUCCGAAUAUUGGGAGGAUAACAGGAUUAGAUCCUGCUGAGCCUUAUUUCCAGGGUAUGCCGUCCCACGUGCGUUUGGACCCUUCUGAUGCCAAAUUGGUAGAUGUGAUCCAUACAGAUGGUAAAGGUAUCCUGCUUUUAGAUAUGCUAUCACUUUCAGGAUACGGCAUGUCCCAGCCUUGUGGUCAUUUCGAUUUCUAUCCCAACAACGGUAAAGAGCAACCAGGCUGUGAAAUAGCCCAAAGUCCUCUGGUCCCCUUGACGCUAAUAAAAAAAGGAUUGGAAGAGGCUUCACGGGUGUUGGUAGCCUGCAACCAUAUACGAUCCAUAAAACUGUUCAUCGACAGCAUCGGUAGCCAGUGUCCAUAUAUAGCCCAUCAGUGUUCUAGCUAUGAUGACUUCAUGAGUGGUAAAUGUUUUAUUUGCAAGCCUGGGACGAUGCAAUGUGCAAUGAUGGGCUAUCAUUUGGAUUCUAGUCCUAUAUUCGAAGAGACUGAUAUAAGUGAAAGACAUUUUGUCGACACAAUAGGUAGUAAAUAUUUUCUGAACACUGGAAAGGACUUUCCCUUUUGUCAUCGCAUUUAUAGAAUAAGUAUAGAAUUAGCAAAACCAUCGAUUGCUGAGAAAUGGGUGCAAGGAUUUCUCAAAGCUUUCAUUCUGAGUCCGAAUGGUAUAAUGCAGAUAGAUCUUACACCUUCUGGUGAUGUGAAACUCGAACAUGGUACAACAUACACCACAGUAGUCACCCAUCGAGCUGACUUGGGCGGCAAUAUAAAAAAAAUAGAACUCAAUUGGGAGUACGAUAUGAAUGUAUUGGAGCCAAGAACAUUGUGUUUACUCUGGUGCAAUGAUCACUUGUAUAUAAAGAGAGUGUAUAUAGAUGAAAUGGAAUUCCCCAGUAGAGAGAAACGUGAGAUACAGUUUUCAAGUACCCUUUGUGCCAGAAAGGGCCGUAAGGAUUUUGUUGACAUCCCCAACAGAGGAAGAGGAGUUCUUGUAGAUACUUGUAAAUAAUUUUAAUAAAAGUUUCCUUAGUAAAA